ACAACACCUAAGUGAGUGAGUAUUCAUAUGGCAACUUUUUUUGGUUCUCCACUCUUUGUGUCCACCAUACGUAUACCUGUAGCAAGAACUCAGAGUGUAUCUCUACCACCACAACUGCCGUCCCUCAGUAACAGUUCACCAGAGACGCCACCGCCACCACCACCACCACUGCCGCCAGUGCAACGGGGUGGUAGGGGGACAAGUGCUGACUCGACUGAUUGGAUAGCUUCGGGGUUGACGAGAAGGUUUGGUCUUGGUGCGGGGUUGGCUUGGGCCGGUUUUCUAGCAUUUGGUGUUGUUUCGGAGCAAAUCAAGACACGUUUUGAAGUUAAUCAACAAGAAGCCAAUACAAGAGAUGUUGAGAAGGAAGAGGAGGUGGUUUUACCUAAUGGCAUAAGGUAUUAUGAGCUAAGAGUGGGGGGUGGUGCUACACCAAGGAAAGGGGAUUUAGUGGUGAUAGAUCUCAAGGGAAGUGUCCAAGGAGAUGGUGUAUUUGUUGAUACUUUUGGUAAGGACAAGAAACCAUUGGCUCUUGUGGUUGGAUCAAGGCCUUAUAGCAAGGGAAUGUGUGAAGGUGUUGAGAUGGUUUUAAGAACCAUGAAAAAUGGUGGCAAAAGACGAGUUAUAGUUCCUUCGACUCUCGGUUUUGGAGAAGAGGGUGCGGAUUUUGGUUCUGGUUUUAAGAUUCUUCCUAAUGCAACACUUGAGUAUAUUGUUGAGGUCGAAAAGGUUUCAAUUGCACCAUCAUGAUUCUUCAUGUUCUUAUGCCCAUAUAGGAGGUGUUUUUUUUGUUUUUUGUUUUUUUUUCGGAAUAACAAAUGUUAACGGAUACAUGUGUUUUUCCCUCAUGUAAAUGGGACUUCAAGAACUAUACGAAAAAUAAACAUAUAAAAGAGACAACCUUUUAAGUUGAA